GCCCUGCCCCGCCGCACCAUGAGGGCAGGGGACGCGGGGCAGCAGCCGCGGCGCAGGCAGGUAGAGCCCCGACGGCUGCUCCGCCUCCUCUCCUGCGUGAUCCUCGUGUGCAGCGCGGAGAUCGCGGCGCUCGCCGACUUCGCAGGUUACCUAACCAAACUUCUGCAAAAUCACACGGCCUAUGCCUGCGACGGGGAGCGUUUGAGUCUGCACUGUCCUCGGCACUCAACGAUAAGCAUUCAGUCAGCAUUUUAUGGGCAGGAUUACCAUAUGUGUAGUACCCAGCAGCCCRAAACCAGGAUGACAGGACCCAUAAACUGUGUGGCGCCCACCUCUCUGCAGAAAGUACUGGACGAAUGCCAGAACCUGAGAUCCUGCCAACUCCUUGUCAAUAGUCGGGUGUUUGGACCUGAUCUAUGUCCAGGAACCACCAAAUUCCUCCUUGUCUCCUUUAAAUGCAAACCUACUGAAUACAAAACCAAAUCAGCGUGUGAAAACCAGGAACUGAAACUCCAUUGUCAGGAGUCCAAGUUCCUUAUCAUCUACUCCGCCACCUACGGCAGAUGGGCACGCGAAGAGAGCGUCUGCUCCACAGAGGUGGAGCGCGUCCCCCCGUUCGACUGUUUAUCUUACACAGCCCUAGAAGUUUUAUCAAAAAGGUGUUACGGGAAGCAGAGAUGCAAAAUGAUGGUCACUAACCGGGAUUUUGGAAGUCCGUGCCUACCUGGAGUGAAAAAAUACCUUAACGUCAGCUAUGCAUGUGUUCCUAGAUUUAUCCUUAUGGCUGUCAACCCGCUGGUCACUGAGAGUGAGCCCUCUGUGAAGCAGAGCGAUGUUGUCACAGGUACCGACGACCUUGACCCGAGGGAGUCAAGGCUUCCAAAGAAAGAAGGAAUCAUUGUCAGCAACUCCUUGGCUACCUUUGCAUAUAUUAGAGAUCACCCUGAAAGAGCCGCUCUCCUGUUUGUGUCCAGUGUUUGUGUGGGUUUAAUCCUCACGCUGUGCGCUUUGGUGAUCCGUGUGUCAUGCUCUAAUGACUUCCAGAAAUUGCUCGGAAAGAAAAAUCACUUAGUGCCGGAAAGUGGCGGAGCAUACGAGAGCAGUGAGAAUGAGGAAGAGGAGGAGGAGGAGGAGGAGGAGGAUUCCUCCGACUCAGACUCUCCGAAUGAGCUAGCGGGACUUUAUAGACCUUCUUACUCAGGUUAUAAUUCAUCAGACGCCGCAGACCUCGCUGAGAGGAUAGAGCGCAGAGAGCAGAUCAUACAAGAAAUCUGGAUGAACAGCGGUCUGGAUAUGACGCCUCCUAGGAAUAUGAAUACAUUUUAUAUUAAUGAACAAUAAAUGGCUUAUUUUGGAUGACGCCCUGGCCCUUUUUAUUUUUUAAAAAAUG